GUGGGCGUGUGUGGGUGUUGGGUGGUGUUUCUCCGUCCAACAGCGGAACGGGACAAGUCUGCCAGCUGAGUGGAACAGGAACGGUGCCCCAGGCACACCAAAGAGAGGAGCAUGUGGUACUUGCUAGAUGGAGGCAUGGCUGCCAUCCCACCAAAACAGUCACCCAGUCCCAUUCGUGCCAUCUCUUGAGGAACGGAGGGAAAGGUGAAUGGGAGCGGGCCAGGCCCGCCAUUGGGCACGUCCAGAUAGAUAGAGCUACUGAGCUACUCGACACAUGGGCAAGACCGACGAGGGGAUGCUGUGCGAGAUCAGAUCUCUCCGUCUCUCUCUUUUCCUCGCACGUAUGCACACACGGACCCAAUCAAAAAGUUCCUUCUGGCCCAGGAAGCCCAACAGACGCACACACCUCCUAUCCUCACAUCUGGGUGAAAAAAAUGUGUGUCCAGUGAUGGUGGUUGAGCUGAGGUUUUGCCUUCUGGUGGUGCGUUGGUUGGCUGGUGGGCUGGUUGGUUGGUUGGUUGGUUGGUUGGUCUUGCAGCGAGUAAGCUCGAGCACUAUUGUACUGCACACACACUCUGUCUGUCGUUUGUUAGCUAGUUUCUAAGAGCUAGAAACAAAUGUGGUGGUGCUGGCGGUUGUUGUAGUUGUGGAAGGAAGCACUUUGCCUAAUGGACGGAAGAAGGACCACCAACACCACCACCAUCACCACCAUCACUAACUUGGGAUCUUUCAACCACUCUUGUCGCCAUUAUUUGGACCGUAGCACCAACCCGAUCCUACCACAACCGGAAAAACAAUGAUGGGGAUCUCUGCUAUGAUAAUAACAAGUGCUGUUCUCAUUCAGAAAAAAGUGCUAAAGUAAAAAAAAUAACACAAAACAAUAACAUGGAGUUGAAUGGUUCAGCAGGACAAGUACUCGAAAGUGAACAAGUGACGGAUUGCCUUGGACCAAUUGCAAUCCUUUGAAGACGGGCCAGAGCCACCAGAAUCGUCACGAAUCUGACCAUCCAUAGGGAGGCCAAUCAUCCACAGUCCCUUGCCAAUUUGCAUGGACUGGCAUUGUGCUGCUCCGUUGAAAACGGGACACAUCUUACGCACUACUUGUCGUGAGAUUGAAAACCGCCAUCGCCAAGAUGUCCCUUCAGAAUCAGCACACUUCACUGGAUCAAAUGCAGGAAAAGAUUACAGAGACCCUGUCGGCUAGCUCUCAACUCCCCGAGGAAACGAAACGAAACCUUCUGGAAGUGCUAGCCAAAUUAGAAGGCGAACUUCAAGCUCGAGAUCUAGCCUUAUGUGCCCUGAAGAGCCAAUGCCUCAAGUACGUGUUGAACCACAUCAAUGCCAAUCAGAACUACUUACACGAUCCAUUCUUCGCUCUGCAAAGAGAUGAAUAUCCCAACGCCUCGGCCGGGUCCAAUCCCAAUGACACCUUCCAUGUUUGGCUGCACCCAAAUCAAUCGGUCGACGCCAAAUUGGCUAGCCUGGAAACGCUCUCAGUGAAACAAAAGACGGCCAUCCGAAAAUUGGCGACCCUCUUGCGUGAUUUAGAAACUCAGAAACAGAAUCUCGAGAUAGAUCUGGAUCUAUUACGGUCGAAUCGUUUUGAGGCGGUCAAGGCCAUUACAACCCAGCCAGAGCCCGCCCCUAAGGCUAAUGGGAAUCCAAAUGAACCUCCCCCUGCCGAAGAAGAUUCAGCAAACUUAGAGGACCUGAAACAAGAGAUUGAAAGGCAGCAGCAAGAGAUCGAAUCUUUGAACAAGUUGGUGAAAGAUGAGCGAGAGCAAAAAAUGCAGAUGAUCCUGUUGCUGGUGAGUGACCGGAAAAAGAUCGCCACCCUGUAUCUGGAGGAAAAGCGCCGAUCCGACGAGUUGGCCUUGGUCUUGCGGGAGGAGAAGAAAAAGACCAAAAUCAUGGCCACCGAGUUGGAGGAGGAGAGCAAACGAUCCUUGGCCCUUGAUCAGGAAGUCGAGCAAUACAUUCGGGAAAUCAAAGCCCAUCGUGAGGAGAGCAAAGUCCUCAUCAAAGAAGAAAGCCGGAAAGCUGCCGAAUUCGAGGAGGCCCUAAGGCGAUCUCGUCAGGAAUCUGAGCAUUUAAGGAAGCAACUGGCCGAAGCUCAUCGAGUGGCCAUGAGUCAAGCCUCCGUUUCCUUACCUCCUCCCCCACCCCCAGUUCCCACUCAACAGGGGCCUUCUAGCAAUGCAAAUAUGAAUUAUGCUUCGCUGGGCAUGGGCGGCCCCGGAGACAACAGCAGCACAUAUAUCUCUUCCCAAGAAGUCUAUGUUCCCGCCGUGAACAAGCUUUCAUCCACCAUCAAAAUGGGACCCAAGACAAAAGAGGACCUGGGAAAGUUGGACAACUCCGAUAACGGUUUCUUGAUGAAAGGUCGUUCGACACGCACCAAGGCCCUGAGUGAUCAUUCGCAAUAUCCGUCUUCCGGCUCAGGGAUGAACACCGUGGUGAAGAAAGUCCCGAUAUCAAACACCUUCACCGGCUCCAAAAUUGGCAAUGCUCCACCCCCCAUCCCGCCCAACAAACCGGCGCUCAAUCUGUAUAAAAGUAGUGCCUCGGCCCUACCGCAAUAUUCAAGCGUGAAAACCGUCACAACGUCGUCGUCUUCAGAUGGGACUCAGAAAUGAUCGCCGAAGAUUUGCGAACCCUACGAAGGACCCGUUAAUUCAGCUGUUGCCGUGGCCGUUGCUACUACUUCUAUCUACUACCACAUAUAUCUACUCUAAUCAGCCCAAGAGUAAAGCACACUGUUAGAGGGACGUCCCAAUCCCAAAACUACCAGAGAUAAAUUGAGAAUAUUUAUAUAUUACUUGCUGAGGAUUCCAAUCUAGUCAAAGAAAACGAUAUCUUGAAACCUGCUUGCCA